UGACUUCUCCAACGUGAUUUGUGAUGGACGUUGACGGUGUUAAUUGGCAGUCUAUGAAUAAACCACCACAAGGCCUCUUCAGCUAUUUUAAGAUCAUAUCUGUGAUCCCCUAUGAGGGGAUGGUAUUAUAACACUUGGAGAAUAAUUUCCCGCCUUUGUUAGCAAUUAAUCAUUUGAGUGUUAUUAUUCGUGAAUCCUCCUAACAUUCUUAUCCUGGUUUGAGAUUUUUUGUAUCUGAUAAAAUUUAUUUACUCAAGAUUCGUUAUUUCCUCUCAGUAUACUUAAGCACUAUCCUGCUGAAUGUAUAUAGUUUUAACAAGAUUAUUUUGCUGAGGGCUAAGAAAGCUUUCUUGUAUAGAAUUUAUCAGUAAAUUCUUAAGCUUUUUUCUUACUUUGAUUAUAGGUUAGCCAAAUUCAUCAAGCAAAUAAUCAGCCCCUAGAUUCGCAAUCUAGCAAAUAUGAUCAAGAAGCAUCCACUGAUGAAGGAGUUGCUAUCAACAGCUUCAUGAAAAAUAUCAUAAAAGGUCUCCAAGGCACAAUUGAAUAUGUACUGUUUUACUCUCAAUUUGAGACAAGACACUCUCAAAAGAUUUCAAAGGAAAUCAGAAAGUGUUUAUGAGAAGAAGAGAAAUUCUCUGAUAAAUAAAACAUCAACAAGUGGGAAUUUAAGCACACGCCAAGGAGAAGCAAGAAGUCCUGUUGAACAGAGGGUCAAGAUUAUCUUUGGAAUGCAGCAUUUGUUCUUCGAACUUGGACGCCUCUUCGAGAACUCUUAUAAUACUGUAGUUUACUCUAACAAUUGCCACUUCUUUCAUAGGGACUAUAUUCAAAGCAUUACAGAAGAAUCUAAGAAAAUUGGUAGACAGUUGAUUUCUCAAAGAAAGAUUUCCUGCCUAUUAAGCGAUCUCAAGAAUCGUGAAUUGGAAUUGACUCUGGAAAGCGACAAAGAUCAGACAUACUCGAAGGUGCAUAAAGAGAAUAUUGAAGACACUAAAGAAAAGGAUAUGCAAUCCUUGAGCAUUAAGCCUGAAGUAAACCAAACUAUUAGUAAAGAGUUUUCUACCAAUCCAGUGUUUAAUGAUAAUUCUAGUGAUGCUUCUAAAUCAACUAAAGCUACCACCAUUGACAGUGUUACCUCAAAGAAUAUUAAAAGUAAUAUGAUGAGAAAAGAUUCUGAUGAAAACUCUUCUCACUCUGGAUACUCUGUCACUUCCUAUUCAUCUUACUCGUCUGAAAGAGCUUUGGAUAUGAAGAAAAUGGAUCAAGCUCUUAAAAUUGACCGUGCAUUCAAAAGUUCUUUGAUAGAACUUCUUGAGAAGCUUCCCAAAUACUUUAAUAAAGCAUCUGAGAAUGAAUGUUUGAAAUAUAUUAAUGCUCUUGAGAAUUUAGUAAGCCAACACUUGAACAAAGCAGAGAGAAGCAAGAAGAGCAAGAUGACUGAAGCAGAAAAAGAACAAUACUUUCUCUAUGUUAGAGACUAUCUGGUGAAACACCAAGUUACAAGUGGGGUUAUCCUUGAUAUGUGGUACAAAAAUGAAUAUGGAAACUCCAAAGAGAAAAUGGUCCAAAGCAAUAGUGUCAAGUUUGAUUUUGGGCAGCUGGAACUCUUGAUACAAAGCCUCAAGGCUUCUAAAGAGAAAUUUACACUGAAAGGCUAUAAACUCAAGGGUCAUAUCAAUGUCUAUGGGUGAAUUUGAUAUACAAUCAUUAAGAAAAUGCUACAGAAUGAUUUGAACAAAUCUGAAAAACCAGUGACAACAAAUAGAAAGCUGUGUGACAACAUUCAUCACACGAUUAAGAACUACUACAAUAGUAAGAGUAUAAGUCAAGAUCAAAAGGCUCUACUCAAAAUAGACAGAAAGAUUAAAUACAUAAUUUCCGAGAUCUUCAGAUACAAAGGAAUAUGGAAACAAGAGGAUAAAAAGUUUGUCAUCAAUGCCUCUAUGAUAGAGAAUCAGCUAAUUGAGUUCACUAAGUAUGAGUCAUCUAAAAUUGUGAAUGACUUGAUCAAAGAUAUUAACAAGGCGAUUACAGAAUAAUGACAUUGGGUGUUUCAAACCACAGCUUAGGAGUUUUCAUAAGUUGCUGUUUUUAAACAAGACGCAUUUCCCUAUGCUCCUUUUGGAGUAUCACUAAAGUGCAGUCUCGCCCCCAAGUCAUGUGAUCAGAAUUUUGCAUUCAGAUGCUAACUUUCCAUAAGUUAAAUUGAAAGUCUUGGUGAGCUUAUUUUAAAAAUUUCUCUGAGCUUUGAACUUUCAGGAUUAAUAUUGGCUUUCUAUAU